AUGGAAGGGAGGGUGGGCAUUGCGGUGGCAGGUGGUCAUGAGGCCGGCCUCGGCCUGUUCAGAGAUGUUUCCAUGGCGGAGGCGGAGCCGCAUGGAGCGGCGAAAGUGGAGUACCGCUCCUCUCCCUCCUCUCCGUCCACGUCCCUCACGCCAUCCCCGCCGCGGGCCGAGCCUGGCCAUGGAGGAGGAGGAGGAGGGCACGCUGCUGCGACGCCGCAUGCCUGGAGCUUUGGUGCCGAGCAGGAGAAGCCGAGCGAGGCCGGCGGCGGGGACAACGGCAACGGCAUGCAGAUGCCGGUGCACGGCGAGCACGCCGCCGGCUUGAGCUCCGGGCGGCGCAGGGGCCGGCCACGCGGCUCCGGGAGACGCCAGAUCCUAGCCACCCUAGGGGAAUGGUAUGCUCUGUCUGCUGGAGGGAGCUUCACACCCCAUGUCAUCAUCGUCCCCGCUGGAGAGGACGUGGCGGCGCGCAUAAUGUCAUUCUCCCAGAAGGGUCCACGCUCGGUCUGCAUCCUCUCUGCCAAUGGGACCAUCUCCACUGUGGCAUUUAAUCAGCCUGGCUCAUCUGGAUCAUCCGGUAGCACCUUCAACUACGAGGGUCUGUUUGAGAUUCUUCAGCUGACUGGCUCCUUCACAAUGGCCGAGGAAGGCCGGAGGAGGACCGGCGGGCUCAGCGUCUCACUUGCUGGCCCGGAUGGCCGUGUCGUUGGCGGCGUAGUGGCUGGGACACUCCGUGCUGCCACUCCUAUCCAGGUGAUUGUGGGGAGUUUCCUACCAAACAGUCUGAGGCAGCAUCAGAGGAGGAUGGGCCUGCAACAGCCAUCUGCGCCACUACCGGCGACUGCCGCCCCUCCUCCGGUGCUCACAGCUGCAAUGCCCAUAUCUCAGGCAGCUCCCGGCAAUGACCGCCAUGCGCCACCAGUCCCUGCGGCACCCCUACAAGCUCGUCCUAACAUGGAGCACGCUGCAACCACCGGGACCAUGAACCUGAACUCAAGCUCCACCGGUUUCACCAUGGUUGGUUGGCCUGUCAGCAGCGCGCAGCCUAUGAGGCACAUGCCAUCCCCUGAUAUCAACCUCUGCUUGACACCCCAGGAGUAG